AUGGAGUCUGCAGACAUACAAACAGAAAAGGCUUUCCAAAAACAACCCAUGGUUAGCACUCGGAAAAUGCAAACGCUUGGAAAACGUGCCAGAUAUUGGAAGGAUGUAGGAAUGGGAUUUCCAACUCCAAAAGCAGCAAAGGAGGGUGCUUACAUCGACAAAAAAUGCCCUUUUACUGGUAACAUUUCUAUUAGAGGGAGGAUCAUCAAGGGUAUGGUCAUAUCUGCUAAAAUGAAGAGGACGAUUGUGUUGCGUGUUUCAUACCUUCACUACGUUCCCAAGUACAACAGAUUUGAGAAGAGACAUAGUAACAUCCCUGCCCAUUGUUCCCCCUGUUUUUCUGUAAAGGACGGUGACAUUGUUACUGUAGGUCAAUGUCGUCCGCUAUCUAAGACUGUGAGAUUUAAUGUUUUGAAGGUGGAGAAGAAUGAUAUUUUCGGCACUGCACGCAAGCAAUUUAGGAUCUUCUAA